CGGCUCACGUCCAUCGGUCCGCGAGGCAUUCAAUGCGGACCUUGGCAUUUAACUCUGGCUUUUCAGACGCACCUGGAUUAAAAGGCCGUCUGGGCAUUGCGCAUGUCUUUGUUCUGGCUCUACUGGGCGAGAGGCUUGAGGUUUCGGUGGAUUUCUUCAUGGAUACUGAAGUGAGAGCAAAUGAGAGGGAUGAAUAUGUGGAUUGGAAAGGAAGGAAAGCUGAUUCCGAGGAACACGGCGGCAUAAGACCCGCAUCGCUUACUUGUGCGGUGGAAGUGCUGGAGAACAUGGUGUUCCUGUCAAAUGGCUCAAACUUUGUGGCCUACUUCAUAGGGACAAUGCAUUACCCGACCGCCGUCGCUGCAAACAUGGUCACCAACUUCAUGGGCACCUCCUUCCUCCUCACCAUCUUUGCGGGCUUCAUCAGCGACUCCUUCCUCACCAGAUUCGUGACCUUUGCCGUCUCUUGCACCGUCGAAUUGCUGGGACUAAUCGUGCUGACAAUUCAAGCUCACUCCAAAUCACUCCAACCUCCAGACCACAGAAGACCCAACAAGUACCAAGCUGCUGUCCUCUAUUUUGGCCUCUACGCGAUGGCCACCGGAGUCGGCGGGAUCAAGGCGUCUCUGCCCACGCACGGCGCCGACCAACUAGACCAUGGCAAUCAGAGGCUUGUCUCUGCCUUCUUCAAUUGGUUCUUCUUCUCCUUGUGCACCGGCGGCCUCGUGACGGCGACCGUCAUGGUCUGGGUGGAGGAGAACUUGGGCUGGCGUUGGAGCUUCAAGAUAUCGAUCGCAGCUUUGUGCUUGGCUCUCCUCAUUUUCGUGUCCGGGCUUCGCCUCUACCGGUACAAGCUUCCCCGAGGAAGUGCAUUCGCCAGAAUUUUCAAGGUACUCGCAUCGACGGCCCGGAAUCAGAAAGCUUCCUUGGCAGAGAGAUCCAGAAGAACUGGUGUAAACUCAGAAGUCAAUACAUUUGCAGCGAAUGGAAGGCUUCCCAAAAAGUUUAAGUUCCUGGACAAAGCACUGGCCGAUGACACAGUAAGCGCGAGCGAGGUCGAAGAGACGAGGGCCUUCUUCGGACUAAUUCCAAUUUUCGCAAGCACAAUCUUGAUGAACUGUUGCCUAGCUCAGCUCCAGACCUUCUCCGUCGAGCAAGGCUCCGUCAUGGACAGAAUGAUCCGCAACUUCAAAAUCCCAACUCAAUCCCUCACCGUCCUCCCCUUGACCAUCAUGCUCGCCUCGAUCCCGGUUUACGAGCGCUUCCGCGGAGUGCUCGGGGACAAGCAACGCGCGAGAGCGGGCAGGAUCUUCGAGCCGCUGCCGAGGAUCGGGCUCGGCCUGGCCCUCGCGUCCUUGUCUAUGGCCAUCGCCGCGGCCGUCGAGGUCAAGAGGCGUGGGGCCGCUGCCAACGGGGUCGUGCUGUCCGUGUUCUGGCUCGCGUGGCAGUACUUGCUGAUCGGGGUGUCGGACAUGCUCACGCUGGGUGGGAUGCUCGAGUUCUUCUACUCCCGGGCGCCGGGGAGCAUGAGGAGCGCGUGCACCGCGCUUGCGUGGUGCUCGACCUCGAUGGGGUACUUCCUGAGCUCGGCGCUGGUGUCCGCGAUCAACUCGGCGAGCGGGAGGUUCGGGAGGGAGUGGCUCGGAGGGAACGAUUUGAAUCGGGCACGUUUGGAUCUGUAUUACGCCCUCCUCUGCGUUCUUAAUUUCCUUAAUCUCCUGAAUUACAUCUUCUGGGCCAAGAUGUAUUGAGAUCCAAAAAUCGGUUUGGACAUAUAAGUUAGUGAUUAAAUAAACUUAAGAUCUAAUCCUGAUUCAUAGCCGAAAAAUAUUUGGAAGAUUUC